GACUCCACUGAUGAUGUACCAACAAACAAAUACACUGUUUCAAAACCAAAGAGAAGCAAGCGAAAGGGUCCACAAAAGCCAGGACCCUCAAAGAAGCAAAAACUGGAAACACUAGAUGAUUCAAGCUCUGAAGAUGACUCCACUGAUGAUGUACCAACAAACAAAUACACUGUUUCAAAACCAAAGAGAAGCAAGCGAAAGGGUCUACAAAAGCCAGACUCAAGCUCUGAAGAUGACUCCACUGAUGAUGUAUCAACAAACGAAGACACUGACAAUUCUGAUGAGGAGCAGUCAUCAAAUGAAGAUCAGACGGACACAGAUUUCCUUGAUAGUCCUCAACCAUAUUCAAUGAAGAAUCGACAAGCUCUGAUCAUCAACAUUGUCAAGCACCCAACGAAAGAGAGACACGGCUCAGACAAAGACAAAGAUGCACUGAAAGAAACGUUGAACAUACUAGGAUACACUGUGCAUGUCAAACCAGACCUAAAACGCGACGAGAUAAUUCCAAAAGUUGUCAAAUAUGCAAAAAAAGACAAACACUGCGACAGUUUUAUCUGCUGCAUCUUGGCACACGGUAGUCAGGGUGUGGUAUGUGGGUCCGAUGGAAAGAAAGUCGAGAUAAAAGAAAUUUCAAAGGCACUUAACAUGGUAAAACAGUUAAAAGGGAAGCCGAAAAUCUUUUUCUUCCAAGCUUGUCAGGGAAGUGAUGCUCCAAAAGCUGAACAAGCCGAAGCUGAUGAUGGGUCCAAUGUACAUGUAAGUGGUGAAGUAGAGAUAGACGUAACCAUUCCGAAACUGCCUCGAGAUAGUGAUUUCUUCUACGGCUGUGCAUCGUCUUUUGAAACUAUCUCCAUGCGAGUGCCUAGCGAAGGAUCACUGUACAUACAGGCCCUUUGCCGAGUCUUGAAGGAAAAGUACAAAACAGAGGAUCUUCUAACCAUGGUCACCACGGUCCACUAUUUAGUUGCUAAGGAUGAACGAUCAGUUAGAAAAGGUGGAAAAGAUGUCUUCUACCAACAGCAACCACAGUUAGUGUCUACUUUAAGGAAGCUAGUGCACUUUUAGUACGUAGAACACAAAUACUUAGCGACAUCCAGGAAAUGACUGGUCAAUCAUGUGGGUUGUUUAUACCAAUACAUUUCUAUACAUACAUGUAUACAGUAGGUAGCUUUUUGUUAUAUACUCACGUUUCGUUAAUUUCUAUAAAUUGUGCUGACAGGUUUGGAUAAA